AUGCCUAAUAGAAAUUCAGAAGAAGGGUCAUAUUACGAUAUUAGCCCAGAAGAUAUUUGUCCCGCUGGCGGGAUACACGAUUACCGUAAUACUCUAACAUAUUAUUUCGCUUUUUGGGACAAACUGUUAUUCGUACGAAACCAAGGUGAAAAGCGGUGCUUGAAAUGCAAGCAAACAGAGAAUCAAGCCAAAAUGUCGGUUGCUUUGGAGGAUUACGAACAACCGUCGUCAACAAAUACACGAGAUACUAAUCCGUCAAACGUUCCUUCUAUGCCACAGCCGCCUGCUUAUGCGCAGACAAGGGAAGAGAUGCGGAAAUAG